AUGCCUAACCAUCAAGCCAACCCCACUCCUAUUCCCUUUCCACGUCACACCAAACCUACAUCAUAUGCUCAAGCUAUCCUUGCUCCAAAUUGGCAACAGGCCAUGACUACAAAAUUAGAGGCUUUGCAGCACAAUAACACUUGGAGUUUGGUUCCUCUACCCAUUGGUCAUAAACCGAUUGGCUGCAAAUGGGUUUACAAAAUCAAAUACAAGUCCGAUGGCACCAUUGAGCACUACAAAGCUCGCCUUGUUGCUAAAGGAUACACUCAAGUUGAGGGCAUUGACUACCAAGAAACCUUUUCUCCUACGGUCAAACUCACUACCCUCCGUUGUCUGCUGACUGUUGCUACUACUCGCCACUGGUUCAUCCAUCAACUGGACAUUCAGAAUGCCUUUCUUCAUGGCGAUUUGCACGAAGUGGUAUACAUGGAGCCUCCUUCUGGUCUUUGCCAACAGGAGGAGAACACUAUAUGUCGUCUCAACAAGUCCCUCUAUGGACUCAAAUAG